AACUGAAGUAAGCUGAAGUUGCUGAAGCUACACAGGCUUUACAAGACAUAAGUACGAGUCUGCCAGCAACCAUGUGUACUAUUUCAAUGCACAUCCUAGAGAGCUGGAAGACAGGGUUUGGAUGGGGAACUCAAACACACAUCACAUGACAUGAGUAUGAAAGGCGAAAAUUCUCUACAAUUAGAAACACCGGAAAGUUUGCUGAAUGAUGGUCAACAUCACGGACGGAAUGUUCCACUGCCCUGGUGGGAACAUGUUCCAGGAGGGACAAAGAUCAAGGAUUAUUUUGCUUCCACUUCCCUCCAUGGUCUUAAAUACUUUUCUGAACCGAGUCGUUUGGUUGAGAGGUUCUACUGGAUUAUAGCAAUGGUGGUGGUGUACGUGGGCUUGAUUAGUUCAUUGUACGACCAGAGUAAGCUGUUUCUGAACAGUCCUGUAUUAAUGUCUUUGGACAGUAGUACCACACCUGUCUGGGACAUCCCCUUCCCUGCUGUUACUAUCUGCAGCGAGAACCAGGUCAGACCUUCAUUCUUCAACUAUUCCGAUUACAAGACCAGAACCAACAUGACAAAGAGAGAGCUAGAAGUUUUUGAAUACCUGACAAUGGUAUGUGAUUAUAACGCAACCGAAUCUGGAUUAAACUUCUUCUCUACGAAGGCACUGGAUGAAGUUCAUUAUGACAUUUGGGAUAGAUGCAGUGACACACUCGCUUUAGUGUGGCUGAAUAACUAUGUGCCAGAUGUCUGCAGCAUGAUCCAGCCCGUGUUGACACCCUCAGGAGCAUGCCACACCUUCAACAGCCUCCCGGGAAAUCGACUCUUCCGGGAAUCCAUUUUCUCCUCUUUACAUAACUAUGGUCGUCAAGUGGAAUCCAUUGAUGAUGACAUAAUCUGGAGCCCUGACCGAGGCUACAGGGGCAAGAAAGUGUUCAAUAGUACACCAUGGAGGAUCCGGGGAGGAGGCUCUGGACAGGAUGCAACGUUCAUGCUCAAUCUUAAUGUUAUAGACUUUGACGAUACAUGCUUUUUUGGAAGUCAUGGCUUUGAGGUGAUCCUGCACAGUCCAGCAGAGCUGCCUACCCCAUCACACCCCUCAACUUAUGUGCACGCUGAUCGCGCGACCACCAUCAAAAUUGUCCCAGAGAUCAAAACAACUAAAGAGGAGUUAAGAAGAUGGGACCCGAAGCUGAGAGGCUGCUUCUUUGAUGAUGAACGGCCGCUUCAGUAUUUUCAGUACUACACAGAGAAAAACUGUGACCUGGAAUGUGAAAGUAACGCAUCGCUAUCACGCUGCGGCUGUGUGCCUUUCUAUCAUCCACGUACAAGAGAUACUCCUGUGUGUGGCCCUGAAAAGUACGACUGCUGUUUCGAAAGUAUAGCCGAAUCCAUUGAUCCAGAUUCACCCUCAUUUCAAAACUGCAACUGCUUACCUGCUUGCUUUGAAAUUGAAUACAGGAUAAGUGUAGCGAAUUUCCAGCGGAAUUUUUCAACAGCUACAGCGAAAGGAUUCCAAAGCGGUAUUUUCUCUGGGAAUUUUCCUGAGAACAACUUUGCCUUGGUCACAGUUCAGUACCAGACACAGAAAGUGAUUGCACAGAUGAGAGUCGCGGUUUUCAGUUUUACUGAUUUUAUUGCCAACAUUGGUGGUUUGUUGGGGCUCUUCCUGGGAUUCAGCUUCCUCAGCUUGUUUGAGAUUAUUUACUUUUUUGUACUAAAAUAUUACAAGAAGAGAUCAAACAAAAGAACUGAUACUGAUAAUUAAAAAUUUAAACUGUGUAACAUGUAUGUGUGGUGAAAUAAAUAUGGGUGCUGUUGUUUUCUUAAAAA